AUGGAUUUUUACAAGACUGAUGCUGUGGAACUGCUUCUUUCCCCUCGCUUUGUCUCCGCAAUUUCCAGGCCAACUGUACUGUUUGGCUUUGCCUGCGCAUUCUUACUCUUCCAACUACUACUUUGGACAGUCCGGUACUCUCGCAAGACUACCAAGCCUCUUGCCAAUAUACCCGGUCCCUCGGGCUGGCCAUUGGUUGGCAUUGGGCUGGACCUGCCCGCCCGGCCUCGGCAGCUGUUGAACCGCUGGGCGGCGCAGUAUGGGGAUACAUUCAAGGUUCGCGUGGGUUGGUAUAACUGGGUGUUCUUUAACAGCCCAGAUGCAGUCAAGGAAGUCUUUGAUAGACAGGCCGCCGUCACAUCCGGCAAACCGCCCCUGCCCAUCGCACAAGAGUUCUGCCUGAGGGGUGAGGGUGUGCUGCCCAUGACUUAUAGUACAAAAUGGAAGCGGCUUCACGCGUUUCUGAAACAGCUCCUCAACGCCAAGGCAUCCGCAGCAUUCAUCCCAAGCCAGGAGUUUGAAAUCAAGCAACUCCUCUGGGAUCUCAGCCAUGAAGCGAACAAUGAGGGGCGCAAUAGCACCGACUUCUACAGACAUAUCCGCCGCAUGACCUUUUCCAUAGUCAUGACAUCGGCAUACGGGCUCCGAAUCCCCAAGUGGGACUGCCAGGAAGUCCGCGACGUCUACGGCAACAUGCGAAUGCUGUCUAUCAUUCUGAGUCCUGGAGUCUUCUGGAUUGAUGUAUUCCCACCUCUGAACUGGCUGCCGCGGUUCUUGUUCCCCUCGUGGCCAAAGGCCAAGUUCAUGGCUGAAAAGAUGCACGGCAACAAAAUGAGGCACUGGAACAAUCUGAAGGAACGUAUCGCCGCAGAUAAUGCCCCAGAGUGUUUUGCCAAGGACCUCAUGGAGUCAAACUACCGCGAAUAUGGUCUAGAGGAGGAGAGUAUCUCAUGGUUAGCCAGUGCUGUCCCCGAAGCGGGAGCUGAGACGACCGCCAGCGCGUUGAAUGGCAUGAUCCGGUACCUGGCAAUGUUCCCAGAGGCACAGGCACGGGCAUUCGAGGAGGUGACGCGGGUCCUGGGUGAUGGGCGGAUGGCGACCCUGGCCGAUGAGCCGGAAAUGCCCUACAUCAAGGCUGUUAUCAAAGAGACUCUGCGGCUAUGUCCGGUCGCUACUACGGGGCUUCGGCGCAUGGCGGAUGGGGACGUACACUACCGCGACCAUCAGAUUCCUAAGGGUACCAUUCUCCUCGCUAAUCUGAAUGCUCUGCACUGGGACCAUGAACGCUUCCCAGAUCCCUUUGGCUUCAGACCUGAGCGCUACCUUAAUCACCCGCAACGUUCUGCGGUGUAUGCCGCAGGUGGUGAUAUCUUCGCCCGCGACCAUUUUACCUUUGGCGCUGGCCGUCGUAUUUGCCCGGGGAUUCACUUGGCUGAGAAUGGGCUCUUCUUGGCGGUGUCCAAUCUCAUCUGGGCCUAUGAAUUCCGGUUGCCGUUAGAUGAUAAGGGAAACGAGGUUCCCUUGGAUAUCAGCGACGAAGGUUUUAUGGAGGGCGCGAUCCGAGUGCCGAAGGAGUACUCGGUACGGAUUUUAGAGCGUUCCACAGCUCGGUCAGACCUAAUACGGCAACAGUGGGAUGAGGCGCAGCGAGAUGGGUAUGUUUUGCGAGGGGUGCAUGUUGAUGUGAAUGGAGGAGUCCGAGCAGCAUCAAAGAAGGUUGAGUAG